GAGGAGUCACAGCUGUCAUGACUCAACACCCGCAUUGUUUUCUGGACUGUUGACUGUUGGUCCGGCAAAAGGUCAAUAUUGUGCAAUCAGAGAUUUACAAAGCACCUCCCCUCCGCUGAAUCCUACCUGUUCUCUUGGCCAAUCAAUCGCAGUCCAGGAGGGCAAAUGUCAACCAAUCAGGGCCGGAGAGAUGAUUUUGCCGCUCAGCUGGCCUAAUGAACUGGGGCCUGUUUUAAAAUGCAAACGACAUCAAGUGAACUGAAUCAGUGUUCAAAUCCAAAGUCAGGAGGGAAGGAAAAAACACACAAGCGACAUCGAGAACGGGUCAGUGAAGGAAGCAAAGGGAAAGGUUUGAAAACAAAACCUUCCCAAGAGCAAAGUUACGCAGUCCUCAGGCGAAUCAGCCGCCGCAGUUGUUGCAAAUGAGGAUGAAGCCAAAUGAAAGGAAGCGGGCCUUGUUGGCCAUCAGGGAAAACAUUGAGAUGGAAUUGUUCUCGUCUGAAGAAUCCUGUGAGGCGCGAUCAACGCAAGAGCUGCAGGAAGACGCUUGCUUUUACCAGAACUUGGAGCACCCUCUGGUCUGCAUUUGUGAGGAAGAGCCAACAUUGGAUGUCCCAGGCCAUCAAGACCGACCACAGAAGACCAAACCCGACACGGUGACCCCUGUCAGGGAAAAUAUAACCGGUGAAAGCCGUCCGCUUCCGCCCGUCUUCAUGGAGGACAUUGAGAUAGAAAUGGAGGUGCUUCCUCACCACACAAAGUCUGAGGCUCAACGCGUAGGGCUCAUCACCCCGACGUUUCACGCAGCCUCUUCAAACAAAGCAAGUCGAAUGAAAUGGAAGCGGGUGACUCCACAGAUGACCGGGCUGGUGGUCAAAGAUGUGCUGUGCUUACCCAGAGGUCACUACAACACAGAAAGCGCCAGAAACGGAGCGCCACAAGGCAAAGAGCGAGCGGCGCUCUCUGCAAUGGGACUGAGCGCCCGGAUCACCAUCGACCGCCAGUGGUCCGCCAAACAGAUGGAGAGUCGCUUGGCGGUGCUUUUCCGAGGGCGGGUUGCAAAACGGGCCGGACAAAGGUUUUCCUUUUCCUAUUUACAGUGCAUGCAGGGGGUUCUGUUGCUCCCGGUGGCACCUGCGGAAGGCUGGACUGCAGCGCGGGUCCUCAGGAUCGCAGGACCGGGUGCUCUGUAUAUAUUCUGCCACCAUGAACACAUGCAGGCGUCAAGUGAGACACUUGGGGUUGACAGGGGAGAAUUACGUCUGGAGAGAUGCCAAGAUGGAGAUCAUCCACAGGACAGACGCAACCCGCCGCACGCUCCGGUUGACAGCGCUCCUGGAGGCAAGGAGGUUGAAACGUCGUAAUUCACGGAUCAGUUACGGUCCACAUCUUGCCAGGAUUCGUUCUAAAACUAUUUUUGGACAAUAAUCACGUCAUCGAGGGUGUGUUGAUUAUGAUAACGCAGUUUUCUAAUUGAUCUCUUUCAUUGCUGUUUUUAAAACGAAUUUGUAUGGACGGACAACGUCUACAUUUUUUUUUUUUUAAAUAGGCAGCUACUCCUUCGGGUGCCUUUUGUGAGUGUCGGGAAAUAGCUCGGUCAAAACUGCUAACAAAAAAAAAAACCCAAAUCAAGUUUCCAUGUAAUGAGGCCUCUCCCUGACCCUCAAAUAAGACAACCGAAAGAUGUUGACUACAAAUUGAGAAAAAAUAUUUCUAAUUGACUGGACGUAUAAGUUCCAAGUCGUGUAACUGACCAAGGUUUGGUUUUUAGUGUGUGGAAUUGUUCUUAAACGCUUUCUGAGUGGUAUGACAUUAAACAUUUGAGUUGACAAACGAA